AUGGAACGUGAAGGGAGUCCCGAGGAUGAGUUUAUUGGCAACGAUGAGGUUGACCAAGUGAUUGAAGUUGAAGGUGGUGAGCCGAUCGAGGAAGAUGACGGUAUGGAUGAAGCUAUGGAAGGCGGUGAAGUUGAGGAGACUAUUGAGGUUGAUCUGUCCAACAACUCGCGUACGUAUUUUGACAAGCACACUGACUCUGUGUUUGUAGUGGCGCACCAUCCCAGCCUGCCGCUGGUGGCGUCCGGUGGCGCAGACAAUGUAAUCCAUCUAUGGACCUCUCACUCACAACCACCUAAGUUUGCUGGUACCUUGAGUGGCCAUACUGAGUCAGUUAUAGCGGCUCACUUUACUCCAGAUGGAAAGUUUUUGGUGUCUGCAGACAUGACUGGUAAGUUAUUAGUACAUGCUUCUGUGAAAGGCGGUGCUCAAUGGAAACUAGUGUCAGAGUUGCAAGAAGUCGAAGAGAUCAUAUGGCUGAAGGUUCACCCUAAGGUCAGCGGUGCUUUUGCAUUAGGUGCCACCGACGGCUCUGUUUGGUGCUAUCAAAUUAACGGUGAAGGUGCUUCCGCCACCGUUGAACAACUGAUGAGUGGGUUCUCUCAUCAAAGUGAGUGUACAAUGGGUGAGUUUAUCAAUAUUGAAAAGAGUGAAGAACUAGGUACUUUGGACUUGGUCACAUGCUCUCUUGAUAGCAGUAUUGUAAGUUGGAACUGUUACACCGGCCAAGUAAACUUCAAGAUCGCUCAACCUGAGCUGAAAGGUAUGGAAUGUCCUUGGAUUUCUCUAUCAGUUGCGCCUGUGGAAAUGACUAAAGGUAAUGGUGGUAUUUUGGCCUGUGGUUCCAACAAUGGUGUGAUAGCUAUAAUAAAUUGUAACAACAACGGUGCAGUAUUACACUUGUCCGGUGUGAUAGAAUUAAAGCCAGACCAGGAAGAACUUGAUUCAUCAAUCGAAAGUAUCGCAUGGGCUAAGGGUUUCCCAUUGAUGGCUCUGGGUCUUGUCGGUGGUGAGGUGCUGCUCUAUGACACCAACAUGUGGAGAGUAAGGAGGAAGUUUGUCCUAGAAGACUCUGUCACAAAGAUAGUCUUUGACUCUAGAGACAACUUAUUUGUUUCUUGCAUCAACGGUAAGGUUUACGAGUACGACUCAAGAACUGGCCAAGAGAAAUUCACCUUUUUAGGUCACAACAUGGGUGUACUAGAUUUCAUAAUAACAGAAAUGGGCGGUGACAAGCGCCUAAUAACUGCUGGUGAUGAAGGUGUGUCUCUAGUUUUCGACGUCCAAGCUUAG